AUGUACGUGUCAAUUGUGUUGGCGGUUCUAAUUCAUUACGCAGUUGGAAAGUUGCCUCCGGUUGAUCUGUCCCACUAUGGCACCUCGUUGUACCGAAAGAUUGAUCCAAACGUUGAUAAACUGAUCAGGAAUUUGGACCAUUCCCUCGGUAUUCAACCAUGGGAGCUUGGAAGCCUAGUUGAAAGUGAUAUGCGAUUGCCACUACCCAAACUCCGCAAUGGCCUCAGAACAAAUUCAAGCAACUCGUUCGUUCGUUGGCCCAACGCCACGUUGAUAUAUCAAAUCGAAGGACAUUUCAAUAAAACCGAGCUUGGUUUCAUAUUCGGAGCGAUGCGUGAGUUCGAAAAGUACACAUGCAUCCGCUUCCGGGAGCGAACGGACGAAAAGGCCUAUGUAUCGAUAGGCAACACCGACUAUGGCUGCUGGGCCGAUGUGGGACGCGGAGAGGGAAAAACUGUGCUCAAUCUUCAGCCAGGAUGUGCCAACGCACUGGUAACUCCAAUACAUGAGAUGAUGCACUCGCUUGGCUUCUACCACGAACAUAACCGACCCGAUCGCGACGAUUACGUUGAGGUUCGAUUCGAUUACAUGUAUCCAGAUCCUCCAAUUUACUUCAAUUUCAUGGUGGAGGAAGAUAGCGACGUGACCAACUUCAGUGUGCCCUACGAUUUAGGCAGUAUUAUGCAUUAUACGAAAUAUGCGUUUUCCGCCAAACCUGGCAAGCUCGAAACUUUGGCUCCACUAGUUCCUUGGCAUGGUGACCUGGGCCAGCGUGAAACAUUUACCAAAUACGAUGUACUAUUGAUCAACAUCAUGUACUGUGGAACGCCAGAGCCGACGGAACCGCUACCGGUGCCGGAUAGAUGGACUCCGGCGGAACCACUGAUGCACAAUGCUCGGCCGAAGCGAUCGACGACGCUAAGAAAGGUGAUCAAAAGAAGACCAACGUCCGGUAAAAUGACUAAGGAAACGAGAGAAAGAAUGGAGCAACAGCUAAGAGGAGAAUGUAGCAGAAAGUAAGGUGUGAUCAACAGCAAAUUGUGAGAAACAAAUGAUUGUAUUGACCGAAAACUCCUUCCAAAAUCAUAUUUAGUACCUGGUCGUUUUCAUCCAGUCGUAUAUGUCAUCGUCUAGAACCAUGCCUUAUGCUCUAAUGAUAGCCCAAACUCGUCUGUCAAAAUGGGCUGUUAUGGACUGUAUCCGCAAUAAUACGGACACCCAAAAAUC